AUGUCAUCCAUUCGACUGCGAAGUCACGCUUCCAUCUCCAGCAAAGCCAGUAGUAUCGCCACGGGCAGUGGCAGUGACGAGAUCGCUGUUGAUCAACAGUCCUUGUCGUAUUAUCCAUAUCAUCCAGACGCUUAUGACCAGUAUUUGGAUGAUUUUUCCAUUAUUGAUGAUUUAUACGAUGCAUUGGAUCAUGAAUCCGUCGUUGGCGAUCACUAUGCUGAACAGCAAGUGGUAGAUGCUACAAGAAAUGUGGUGAACAAACAUCAGGCGAUUCAUCAAUUGUAUCUUCAUGAGAUGCAAUAUGUCAAAGAGUUAUCAGUAUUGCAACAAAUAUUUAUGGACCGAUGGCCUGAUUUUUGGACCCAGCAUCACAAAACUGCAAAAAUACCCUGCCCGGACAUGGCGCGGUUGUUUGACCACCUCCACGCGCUUAUCGACGCCCACACCGGGCUUGAGAUUUGGGGCCCCACCCAACUGGUGUCAGACUUAUUUUCCAAUCUUUUGGACCAAACGACGGGGUAUGCGAUCUUGCUGGAAAACUAUUCCGACAUCAUUCUAAAUCUUGAUAAGUUGUACCACCAAUCCACGUUUACCAAGUUUCUCCAGGGAUCCACUAUUACGAGUCUGUUGGAAAACCGAGAUCUACUUGCCUAUGUUUUCAAUCCAAUCAAACAUCUGACCAUCUAUUCUCCGACUUUGCUUCAAAUCAUUCGCUACACAGAACCCUGUCAUCCCGAUUACCGUGCCCUAUCACGAGUGGCCCCGUACCAUUCGGCCAUUCAUCAAUGUCCUGUCACGGUCACUCCCGACCGUCGCUUGCUGCUAUCGGCUCAAUUCAUUAAGGUCGAUCCGGCCGAUCUCUCCAAUACGACCCACACACGUACCUUCUUAUUGUACAACGAUGCACUCCUUUUUACCCGUCGCCAUAAAACCAAAACGAGGCAAUUGCAAUACAAAGGCACCAUCGAACUCACGGGUGCCCAAGUGCGGCCGUUAUCUCCGGAUCUCAUUCCUCGCAUGCUCGAAACAAGACGUUCUUCCAGUUUACCUUCAUUUUUUGGAAAAAAAGUGCCUGUGACUCAUCAACCUUCCUUUCCAACCAACGCCGCUUAUGGCUUUGAGAUCUUAGCCGUCGAUGAAAUGCAGGAUCUUCUCAGUGCGCUGGCCGCUCCGGGCAUGCAUUAUCGCUCGCCGGAUGCCGUGGCUAUACCGAACAAACGUUACAUUAUUCGUACCUACACGCUGGCCGAGCAGACAUUGUGGAUCAGUGUCUUAACAAGAGUCAUUCAAGGAGUGACGCAAAAACAAUAUGCCCCAUAA